AUGCAGUACCAGGGAGGACACAAGCCGCCUAUCAGACGCCAGUUGCUUGGUGACUCAUCCUUCGCUACGCUGACUGGAAUUGCGGAGGAGUUCCUGGAGUGCGACGGUAGUCAGCACACUAUCGAUAAUAUCUUGAAAAGAUGGAAAUGGGAGGAAAAAUCUCAAGCGGGGUAUUCCCAUCAGAUCUUUCUCACAAUUGAUUACGGUAAUUGGGGUAUGCCUGCAAGUUUCUCAGAUCAUUCUGGGCGUAAAACACUGGUUCCCGAGAAUAUUACUGUCCAGCAUGUUCAGAUGAGAGUGUUGGGCACCUCCCAUUUGAACACGGACUGGCUAUUCAGUCUCAAAGGUCCGGACUUUCAUGUGUUGAAUGUGCAUCAAGGGCCAUACUUUUUCAAAACCAGCUCUGUCAUAGCAGAAUAUGACCCGGUAACUCAUAUCACCACUACUAUAGACCCUGCCUCAAAUCCCAGUCAUCCAGUUCCAAUCACUGGUCAGGUCACUGAUUGGGCUACUGGUCAGGUUCAGAGUUGGAAGCCCCCUAAGUACCCACCUUCCAUCCUUUCUUAUUACACUAAAUACUGGGGGUACAAGGAUGACAGGAGAUAUGUGAAUGGGAGGGAGUUCACUGGUGAAGUGUCAUGGCUCUAUCCUAUGCCGCCUGUACCUGUCAUGACUCAGACGAGUGGCGCCACCAUGACUCAUUAA